AUGAAGAAAUUAUCGAGCCAAAAUUCUAUCUUGGCGAUGAUGCCAGUAAUAAAGUGUUCAAAUGAACGAGUGCUCGGCAUGAGAUUAACAAACGACAAAAAGGAUGACGAGAAAUCAGAAAAAAAAUCAAUUCUCGAGUCACAUGGUUACACUCUCGGGAAGACUAUAGGGGCCGGAUCAUAUGCCACAGUCAAAGUCGCAACGUCCAAUCGGCAUGAUUGUCAAGUGGCGGUGAAAAUAGUCUCGAAAUUCCACGCGCCCGAAGAUCACCUUACAAAAUUCUUACCUCGUGAGAUCGAAGUGGUCAAAGGAUUAAAGCAUCCAAAUUUGAUUCGUUUCUUGCAGGCCAUUGAAACCACUCAUCGGGUGUAUAUUAUCAUGGAAUACGCACAGAACGGCAGUUUGCUCGACGUAAUACGUCGCGACAUUUAUAUUGAUGAACUACGUAGCCGCAAAUGGUUUCGACAACUCUUGGAAGCUGUUGAUUAUUGCCACAAUUGUGGCAUAGUACACAGAGAUAUAAAGUGCGAUAAUCUGCUUAUGGAUCAUCAUUUCAAUAUUAAAUUGUCUGACUUUGGAUUCGCGCGAGAUCAAAUUAAAACGAAGAAUGGCCAGUGGCUCCUUAGUACAACAUACUGCGGCAGUUUCGCUUAUGCAUCACCCGAAAUUUUACGGGGUAUUCCGUACCAGCCUCAAUUAUCCGAUAUAUGGUCCAUGGGAGUGGUGCUUUAUACUAUGGUGUACGGUCAGCUGCCGUUCGAUGAUACGAAUCAUGCGCAACUACUAAAGCAAGUUUGUCUUUUUUCACAAAACAAAGUGGGAUUUCCUGAACAACCUAAAGUAUCUCAAUUAUGUCGUUCUCUCAUUAAUCGUAUAUUAGUACCCCAAUCAACACGAUUGCGCAUCAACAAUAUAAAAAGUGAUGCCUGGCUAGAGACAUCCGUCGUCGCUCAAACCUCGAUCACUGAUCAAUUCGUUGAAAUAUCUGCAACACCAAAAAGUAAGGAAUCCAAAAUGUUCGAUGUAGCAUCAAUUGUUCCAGUAAUCUUUCAAAGGAAUGAAAAACUUGAAGCCGAAACUAUCCAAGAUAAUGUAAAAAAACAGAUUUAAAACAUGA